CCAGAACCCUGCAGAAUGAAACACACUGAAGAUACUGAAGAACAAAGAGAGCUGAUGGAAGUGAAGGAGGAGAGUGAAGAACUGAGUGAAGUGGAGGAGAAACAUCAUGACAAACCUGGAGAAAAACCUUUGAGUCGCUCAAAGACUAAAAAGACAUUUUUAAAGAAAACGAGAGCAAAGAAAUCUACAACCUGCUCUCAGUGUGGAAAGAGUUUCACAUCCAAACAAUAUCUUGAGAUUCACAUUAGAGUUCAUAUAGGAGAGAAGCCGUUCACAUGUGAUCGGUGUGGGAUGAGUUUCACACAAAAAGGACAUCUUAAGAGGCAUAUGAGAGUUCAUACAGGAGAGAAGCCGUUCACAUGUGAUCAAUGUGGGAAGAGUUUCAGUCAAUCAGCAAACCUUAAAGCACACAUGAGGAUCCACACAGGAGAGAAGCCACACACAUGCGAUCAGUGUGGGAAGAGUUUCUCAACCAAACAAAGUCUUGAGGUUCACAUGAAAGUUCAUACAGGAGAGAAGCCGUUCACAUGUGAUCAAUGUGGGAAGAGCUUCACACAAAAAGGACAUCUUAAGGAACACAUGAGAGUUCACACUGGAGAGAAGCCACACGCAUGUGAUCAAUGUGACAAAUCAUUUCUAGGGUCAUCAGACCUGAAGAGACACCUGAGAGUUCAUACAAAGGAGAAGCCACAUUCAUGCUCUUUGUGUGGAAAGAGUUUUUCACUGUUUUAUAGUUUACAAGAACAUCAGAAAACACACACUGAUGUGAGAGAGUACAUGUGCUUUGAGUGUGAGAAAACUUUUACUAAAGCAAACCAUUUAAAACGGCACCAGAGAAUUCACACUGGAGAAAAACCUUACAAGUGUUCACACUGUGACAAGAGAUUCAGAUGGUCAGGACAUCUGAAAACACAUGAGAGGAUCCACAGCAGAGAGAAGCUGCACACGUGUGAUCAGUGA